AUGGGAAAGGAAAAGACGGCGGCGCUAGAACAGGCGAAGAAGGCGACGGGGGUGGCGAAAGGCAAGAAAACGAAUCGAGGGUCUUCGUCGCGGUCGGGGCUGCCGUUGGGUUGGAUCCAGGGCGAUUGGAUCCGAUCCUCGCUUCGGCAGGAAGAUUUGGACGAGCUGGCCGAGUCCGGGCUGAUCGUCCACAAAGCUGCGUGGUUGCCGGAGGGGGAGCCGGAGCCGCAGCCGCGCCCGGCUCUGGAGCAGGACCAUGAGGGCGAGGACAGCGCGGAGGAGAGUGGUGAUUGGGAGUCGCCGGACGACGAUGAUGAAGACGAGAGCGACGAGUCAGACGAGGAGGAGGUAGCCAACUCACCGCCUCGUUCAGAACGUCGAUUCAAGCAGCACCAAGAUCCAGCGGGCAGGCACGGUAAGGCUGUGGCCUCGAGCGCUCAACCGCAGAAGCGCGCUCGGUCUUCAACUCAGGAGCUGGCGGAGAAAGUCACCAAGCAGCCCAAGAUCAACCCCUCAAAGGCUCGGAAGACCUUGCCUAAGAUUAAGAUGGAUGUUCCCGUUGCCUCUGGCCCAGCCUCUGCCGCAAUUGAUAUGGAUAUCAACAAGGUCCCAGACGACGAGGAAAGCGAUGACGCGGCUACCUCCAAAGCUACUCCACGAGACGUUGUCGUGCUUUCGAACAAUGAAGAAGAAGUGCCUCUGAGGGAAAGGAGGAGGAGGGACAAGGGACCGAGCGGGAAAGCGCCUGAGGUUCAGAUGAAAGUGGUGCACGAGGCCAGUCAGGUGGCCUACAACCCUGGCGCUGCUAUGCAAACCAAUGUCCAGAAAUCUUGUGAUCUUGGGGCUCAACAUUCUACACUGAACAAGCAGCAAAUCAACCUCAACCUUGAUCUGGAACUGGCCAAGAAGAACCUGAAGACUGCUCGUGACGAAGUAGCUGCCAUGGGAGUCACUUUGAACCGGGUGACUUCACUCGAACAGAUGUGCGUAGUGAAAACCAUCAACUCCAAGCUCGUCUGA